UGUCCGUCAUGACAUAAUGAGUGGAGUUCUCUCUGGUGAUCUUACUAUUCAGAAAGUAGAGGAAGGGGAUCACAAGCGUAACAAGAACAUGUCCUACUACUCUGUUCUCAGGCAGUUUGAGGACGUACUUUGUACCCUCAAAAAGAGGUUGAAGAUAAGCUUUGACUUUCUUGACAAUUUUUAUGUCAACUUGGGCUCCAGAUGUGGAAUGAAAGACAAUCGUGAGCGAAUAGCCAAAAUAGAGCUUUUCAGAUGUUUCAAACAGUAUGCAGAUCUAUUCUGCAAAACAGAUUCCACAAAUCUGUUGAAGAAUAAAACCAUGAACGUCAUGCUUCAGGUACACAAUGCAAGGCAAUUCUUGGAGAUGCAAAAAGCUGAUACCUAUUCUGGGGUCCUGGAUUAUCUCUCUAAUCAAAAACCAACUGAAGUAAUGGAGAAGAUUGCCCAAACAUAUGAUUUUCUUCAGGGAAAUGGUUCUGGCUGCACUUUAAAGGAGAAGAUCAAUUUCAUCUAUGCCAAUGUUGUACUAAGUUGUAUCAAACCCCAUUCACCGCAGCUUGAGCCAUUCAAGAAACUUUGUGAUUCCCUUGGCCAAAUUCUUGGUGGACAAAUCUCAUCAAGUGAGAAGUUGCCACUGCACUUCAUUUCAGUCACACUGUUCUGGCCACAGCCAGGAGGAGAUCACCCAGCAUCUAAAAACCUGGGAAAGUUUGUAUCAUGGAUGAGGACCUUAUAUGAUGAAAACAUGCAGGGAGUGUGCAAUGGUAAGAGACCUGUUGUCCAUUUUCUCCUAGGGAAGAAAUAUGGCUAUGAGCGGAUGGUACACCUUGAGGAAAUCAGGAAGUGUGUUAAGGCUGGGCAGGAACAGUUUGCCACAAUGUGGGCAAACGGCACAAUAUGGAAAGAGAGGCAGGUAGAGCAGCUGCUUUGCAGGGUAUCAGGUGUGGUGCAGGGCAGAUGUAUAUUGGCAGAUACCUCUAUCCCAGAUCUGAAGGUAGACGUCGGCCCCAUGUUCCGAAGCCAGCUUAGUGGACGAGCAAAGGGGUCAAAGGUCUCAUUCUUCAUUGGCUUCUCAGUGAAAGGCCCGCUUGCCAUUGACAUUAACUGAAGCCUUGGAGCAGCCUGUUUAAAGAUAUCUAGACUAAUGUUAUGAUAGAUAUGACAGAGGAUAAUCAUUGAGGAUUCUUUUUUUUUUUUUUUCAAGUAUACAUUUUGAAAAAUGACUUGGGUAUUAAAAUAUUGCAUGAAUAAUUUUGCCUGUAUUUUACAUGUAGUGUGAGUAUCUUUGAUCCAGUAUUUUACAUUGGUGUUACCACUAAGUUCUUUUCAUGUAAAGAAAAACUAUUUGUCAAAUAAUCAGUUGAAUCUUUAAUUAAAACAAGCAUUAAAAGAGAGAGUUAAAAUUUUCUUAAAUCAAAGUUUCUCUCUUGUACUGGGCCAAUCUGUGUAAAUGCAACAGCCAUUUUGAAGGCUGAAAUGUUGCUAUUUUUAUUUUAUCUUUUUGUUUUUCAUCUUAUUUUAUCUUUUUGUACUUGACUAAUCAGUGUAAUAAUUAGACCUUUUGAAUGCUGAAAUGUUGCUGUUUUAUUUUAUCUUUUUAUUUUUAUCUUAUUUUAUCUUUUUGUACUGGAUCAAUCAAUGUAAUAACCCGAGACUUUGGGAUGCUGAAAUGUUGCUGUUUUUAUUUUAUCUUUUUGUUUUUAUGUUUCAUCUUUUUGUACUGGACCCAUCAGUGUAUUAAUGAGGCAUUUUGAAUGCUGAAAUGUGCUGUUUUUAGUUUUUCUCUUUAUUUUUUUUAUUAUUAUUAUUUUUUAAAUUUAUCUUUUUAUACUGGACCCAUCAAUGUAAUAAUGAGGCAUAUUUUAUCUUUUUAUCUUUAUCUUAGUUUAUCUUUUUGUACUUGACCCAUUAAUGUAAAAAAGGCAUUUUGGAAUGCUGCAUUGUUGCUGUUUUUAUUUUGGUUUAAUUUCAUUUACAUUUUUAUACUUUGUUCCUAUAUGGUUUGAUGUUUGAAGUAGAAUGCAAGUAUUACCUUUGGCCAUAAUGUAA